AUGCAGCAACAACAUGCUUUGGGGGCUCCAGAACUGACCAAACUGGGGGUCAACAGAAACAUGUAUAGAAUGAUUGUCAAGCAGCAGCCGGGCGAGGGUCAGGUGCUGUCUCCGCAGAAACGUGCCAGUGCUAAGAAGCCGUCGAACGAUAGAGUCAGCCUCGAUCCUCCUGCCGUCGUCGAACUUGUCGUAGUCGACGAUGAUCCAACUAGGUCCUGGCUUCACAGCCCAUACCUGUUUUGCACGGUCGAGCUGGUGAGACUUGACGACAAACACAACGGGUCUAACACACUUUCUGGCACGCUGACGUCUUCGCUCCAUGUGGUAAAAAUGAGUGAUGGAAAAGCCCAUGGCUACUUCGUUUUCGGCGAUCUUAUUCCAAAUAGCGCAGGGAAAUUCUUUCUUCGAUUCACACUGUUCGAGAUGCGUCGAGGUCAGAAUGCCAUGUUCGCGGAAAUGCUCAACACCGUCAACGGUGCGACCUUCGAAGUCUAUGCACGCAACAAAAUUUCCCCUCUCCCCCAGUCUACCGACUUGACAAGGGCAUUGAGUGAGGGGGGUGUGAAAGUCAGGGUUCGAAAGGAGCCGACGCGUCGAUUGCAAAGAAAUAAAGCCAAUUGGGGCUUUCAAGGAUUCCUGGGGGGUCAUGGCCAAGCUGUACCAGCCUCCGUGUAUGGUCAAGCCCAACUGUAUCCACAACAUGGCCUGCACUGGGGUCAGCAGGGGAGCGUUGCAUAUAGCGCAAACAACGCCAUUGACAUACGAGACCGCUUGAGUGUUCAACAUCACGGUAUGGCGCCGCCAUUCCAGGGGAGUGCGCAGCGGCAAAAUGCUCCGCCCAUGGGCCCUCCUAUACCACAGCAGCCACAACCUCUGCAUCGACUUCAACAUGAAGCAUUCUUGCAGGAAAUACAACAGCAGCCAGUGAGCCAGCCUCUUCCACCUUUACAACCAUCGUUGUUGUUGCAUGAAACACCACACAUGCUCAUGCUACCGCCGCCGCCGCCACAGCCUCAGCCUCAGCACCAGCAGCAGCAGCAUCAGUCGCAGCCACCUUUUCCAACCCUCCCGCAAAUCUUACCACAACAUUUCAGCCCUCUCCCAGCGGCAAGUUAUACAGUAAGAGAUGAUGGCACGAGUAAUUUGGAGUAUUCAACCGCGACAGAGAACCAAACCUUUUAUGCCACCAGCUCCGCCAAUCCAAGGCCGCUUUUCACCAUGGCAGAUGACCAGGCUGCCUAUACAACCUCUUCAGGUGUGCAGUUGUUGUAUGCCACAGCACUAGAGGAUCACAUGAUACCCACUGCAUCUCCAGGGACUGAUUCGGCAUAUGCUACAUCCUCAAGUGGUGCGGACCACCAGCAUUAUCAGCAAAGUGCUCCGCAUGUUCCGGGCAGAUUUCCUGUCCCGGCUUUCAACAGUUUGCAAGAAACAUAUGAUCCUAGUUCUUCACUCGGAGAGUUCCUUUAG